AGGACAAGACUGAGGGGAAAAAACCAAAGUCGGAAAAGAUGUUGGAGGCAACAAAAAUGGUGAGAUUAUUGGAUCAUCCAGGCGAUGAGAAGGCCGCCCCCGAGCACGGAGAGCACGGAGACGGCACCGGCAGUGCGCAAUUUUCGGACCUGAAGGACAAGACUGAGCUUAAAAACCCAAAGUCGAAAAAACAAUUGGUGUCAAAGAUGCAGAAAAAGCUCUCGAAGGAGAAGGCGAAGCAUACGCUGCACCUCAGGAACUUCAGGCACGAGAGUCAUAGAAGCUGCAAACAUUUCGUGACCCGUGGCCCAUUGGACGUCAUCAUGGGCGUUGUGUUGCUGGUGAAUGCUUUUGUGG